AUACCUGGCGGACCCGAGAGGCCGCUUUCCAUCCCCGCCCUGGACCCUUCUGCGCUGCAGACACCCCCGAGACGGGGGCCCUGGACCCCAGGGCUCAAGAGGACUCAACCAGGACUUUCCAAAAGUUGCCGCGGGGCCUUCCGAUCCCCUCGGCCAUCUCCCAAGUCUGGCCAGGCUGAUGGGGCCAGUGAGGAUUCUCUGCACCUUGACAUUCAGAAGCUGAAGGAGAAGAGGGACAUGCUAGACAAGGAGAUCUCCCAACUAACAUCUGAAGGCUACAGUGUGGAUGAACUGGAGGACCACAUCUCCCAGCUCCACGAGUAUAAUGACAUCAAGGACGUAGGCCAGAUGCUGCUGGGCAAACUGGCCGUGAUCCGAGGUGUCACCACCAAAGAGUUGUAUCCAGAAUUUGGCCUGGACGUGAAUGACUGAGGAGAGGCUCACAGCCCCUUGUCCAUGGCCCACAGCUCCGAGGUUCCUGAAAUGUCCCGGUGAUGCCUGUGUAUGUGUAUGUGUAAAUAAACAUGAGUGAUUACUUCUC